AUGGAGGAAUUCAAGCAUUUUGUGAUUGUUAAGUUCAAAGAAGGUGUAGUAGUAGAAGACCUUACAAAAGGAAUGGAGAAGCUAGUCUCAGAGAUUGAUCUUGUCAAAUCCUUUGAAUGGGGACAAGAUAUUGAAAGCCUAGAUGUGUUGAGACAAGGUUUCACUCAUGCAUUCUUGAUGACUUUCAACAAGAAAGAAGAUUUUGCUGCAUUUCAGAGCCAUCCAAACCAUGUUGAGUUUUCUGAAAAAUUUUCAGCGGCCAUUGAAAAUAUUGUGCUACUGGAUUUUCCAUCGACACUUGUUAAGCCAGUUAAGGCAGCAGAAUGA